UGGAAAUGGAGGUAAAGUUUCUUGAGACUGCUCCUGAGUUCCUGUGGUGGGAAAAGCCUUUAUAGUGGUGGCGUAUGGCAGAGGGGAGGUCAAGGGAACACAGCCUGGUUGGGAGGGGACAUCUGCAUCCUUCUCUGUGGUCCCAAACCAUGAAUAUUGUGGGCCAGUUAGCAGAGACCGUGUUUGUGACAGUGAAGGAGCUGUACCGUGGCCUUAACCCAGCCACUCUCACCGGAGGGAUCGACGUCAUCGUGGUACGUCAGCCCGAUGGAUCGUUCCAGUGUUCUCCCUUUCACGUCCGCUUUGGCAAGCUCGGUGUGCUGCGCUCCAAGGAGAAAAUUGUGGACAUUGAGAUAAAUGGAGAAUCAGUUGACCUGCACAUGAAACUGGGGGACAAUGGAGAAGCUUUUUUUGUGGAAGAAAAUGAAAAUAUGGAGUCCCAGGUCCCAGCCCACCUUUGCACCUCCCCGAUUCCUCUUGAGGCACCUGAGGAGAUUGAGGAGACCCCUGAGGGAUCCUCCGUCGCUGGGUCUGGUGCCCGCAGGAAGAAACGCCGUCGCAAACGCAUGCGCUCUGACACUCACCUGAGAGAAGACAACUCUUCAUCAGAUGAGCGAGAACGAGAGAAGGAGUUCGAGAGAGAAAGUGAUCAGGCUGGACAGGAAAGUCCUGCUCAAGAGGAGCUUCUCUCUCCAUUACAAGUUAGUAAAUCAGUGUACUACUCGCUGUCUGAGGAGCCAGUUGAGGAAGUGGGGGCCACGCAGACCAGAGACACUCACCCACACUCUGAAGGAGAGCAGUCACCCUCAGAAAACAGUGUGUUUUACAGUCGGCCAUCCUCUCCUAAGAGCGACUCCGAGCUGCUGGUUAAACCCCAGGAGUCGUCUGGGCCUCAGAUGCAGUGGAACUGGGGAGGUUUUCCCAUGCUGUGUCAAUCAGAGAGGACACUGGUGGAGUUACAGCACAUCUCCCCUUCAGGGAAUUCUCACUUCCGCACCAUUGAGAGACAGGACUCCUUUGACAUGGGCUUGGAGCCUGUGAUCAGCUGUGGCAGAGUGGGCAGCGUAACAGUGGUCAGACCACAACCCAGGACUCAGUCUCUAGACCUAGGCAGUCAUGCCACGCAAACCACCCCUUUAUCCAGUGAGAGAAACUCUCACAUUGCCCACUCUACCCCCAGUGACCUCUUCAAGUCUUGUGCAUCGUCAGUGGCGGCCGAUGUGGACUCAAGACAAACACUUGAAUCUACACCAGGGGAAGAGGAAAGCAGAGACUUUUCUUAUUCUGCUCAUCUAAUCAAUGGCGCUGAUUCCCUCGAUAGCAAAGAGAGCACAGUCAGUGUUGACCAUGUUACCACUGUGACUACAGUUAGUGCAAUUAGUGUGGUCACUGUGACCAAACCAGACAACAAACAGAAAGAACUAAAAGACAGUGAAGACUGCACGGUCACAACAAGUCCAGGUCACACAGAACAACAGCAGGGUGCUUCAUCUGAGCAGGGUGAGCAGGGUUCGACCAGCAGUGCCCCUGUCAGUGACGGGGACAGUGGGAUCGAUCCAUGUGCUGAGGGAGGGGAAGAGGACAGUGGAUCUGGAGUGAUGGAUGGAUCAAACGGGGGCUCACUGACCAACAAGGCUGCACCAAAAGCUGAAGUGGGAGAGGCCGGGGCCAGCUGGACCACUGCAGAGGGGUCAGCAAACUCCUCUGAGGCAUCUUCCAAAGUGGAGCAACAGGGCAAGAAGAAAGGUAAACGUAAUCACCAUCUAGGACCAACAGACAUUUACUUGGAUGAUCUGACCUCACUGGACCCAGAAGUGGCUGCACUUUACUUCCCCAAGAGUGAGGCAGAGGGAGCGUCUCAGCAUGCGGCAGAGCAGGGCUCAUAUUCAGGGAGUCAGUCGCCUCAGUCAGUGGGCAGCGGGGCCAUGGACAGCGGCACAGAGUACCUGUCAGAUUCCACCUCCUAUAACAUGGACGUCAGCAUGUCCCUCUGUGGACAAGAGGGCGACACCAGUCAAAUCACCAAGGAAAAGUUUAUGGAGCACAUUGUGACAUACCAGGACUUUGCCAACAAUCCAGGGAUCAUUGAGGAUCCAAGUCUUGUCAUCUGCAUCAACUCCAACUAUUACAACUGGGCAGUGGCUGCUCCAAUGGUCUUGUCAAUGACAACUUUCCAGAAAAACCUACCCAAGAGUACAGUAGAGCGGCUGGUAAAGGACAAAAUGCCCAAAAAGUCUGGACGCUGGUGGUUCUCCUGGAGGAGAAGAGAUAUGGACAAUAACCAGCAAAAACACUCAAAGGAGGAGCAAGAGGAGCCACUGGUCAGUUUGUCUUCCACAGUAAAAGCCACACUGGAUGACAUCGACAGUGACGAGGCUGCAGGACUCGGCCGAAAAGCCACCAUUCCUUCCAGUCUAUCAACAGAGACCCUUAACGCCACCCAGUCUAUCACCCAGAUGUACCGCAAAUCACUACGCCUGACCUCCAAACAGAUAGAACACUUAAACCUGCGUGAGGGAGCCAACAAGGUGGUGUUCAGUGUGACUACACAAUACCAGGGCACCUGUCGCUGUGAGGCUGCCAUCUACCUGUGGAACUGGGACGACCACGUCAUCAUAUCAGACAUAGACGGCACCAUCACUAAGUCCGAUGCUCUGGGGCAUAUUCUACCUCAGCUUGGAAAGGACUGGACACACAAAGACAUCGCCAGACUCUACCACAAAAUACACCAAAAUGGCUAUAAGUUCCUGUAUUGUUCAGCGCGCGCUAUAGGUAUGGCUGCCAUCACUAAGGACUACCUGCAGUGGGUCAAUGACAGGGGCACUGUCCUUCCUAAAGGCCCUGUCCUGCUGGCUCCCAGCAGCCUCUUUUCAGCACUACACAGAGAGGUGAUUGAGAAGAAGCCAGAGGUGUUUAAAAUUGCCUGCCUCAGUGACAUCAGGGAUCUGUUCAACCCAAAGAGACAGCCCUUCUACGCGGCCUUUGGCAACAGGACCAAUGAUGCGUAUGCCUACAAGCAGGUUGGAGUGCCUGACACCAGGAUAUUUACUGUCAACCCAAAAGGAGAGCUUAUCCAGGAGAUGACCAAAGGCAACAAGUCCUCGUACAGCCACCUCAGUGAAAUAGUGGAACAUUUCUUCCCUGUGCUCUCUGCCGUGGGCAGCACGUCCUCUGCUUUUGACUGUCCUGAGUACAGCAGUUUCUCCUAUUGGAAGGAGCCUCUGCCAGAACUGGACCUGGAUGCACUACUGUAGAAACACUCACACCUACAUCAACCAAAACGCACAUACACACACAUAGUAAGGCAGGCACAUAAGCACAUAUACUCUUCCUCUCUUCCCUCAUUUUCGCAGCAAAGCAUUUCAAAGGAUUUCUCCCAGCAUGCCUGAGUAUUUUGCCUUUUGAUAGACCUGCCAACUGUAGAGCCUGUGUUAUUAGCCACUGAAUAAACUGGAAAAUAAAGCGGCACCUGCCCCUUUUUACACUGCACUCAAAGACAGAGCCAAAUCAAGCCAUAAUAUGCAUGGAAUCUGCAUUUCAAUAAGUGCAUAAACCAUUAUGCAUUAAUCUCAGUGCCCUUAACACUGACUACAGCUGUUUACACAAUAUUUUACUAUUUGUAUGAGAAAAUCCUACAAUGAACAAGACACCAAUGGACAAAUA